AGAGUGUUGCAGCUGAGACACACCUUUUGUUUCUCUCUGAACAGCGAGAAUCAAACUCAAUUCAUCUCAUCUUUUAUAAAAGUCUCUGCCAAACAGCGUGAAUAUGUCAGCUGACAGCAGCCUGCUCUUUGAGGACCAGUUUCUGUGCUCCAUCUGUCUGGAUGUGUUCACUGAUCCUGUCAGCACACCAUGUGGACACAACUUCUGCAAAAACUGCAUCACUCAUCACUGGGAUUUUAAUGUCCCUUGUGAGUGUCCCAACUGUAAAAAACGUUUCAAGAUAAGACCUGAGCUGCAGGUCAAUACUUUUAUCACUGAGAUGGUUUCUUGCUUUAAAGAGUCAGCUCAACAGAGAGCCAGCAGCAGCUCAGCGCAACAAGCUGCCAAACCAGGAGAAGUUCCCUGUGACGUCUGCACUGGAACCAAACUGAAGGCCCUGAAGUCCUGCCAGGUGUGUCUGGUGUCCUACUGUGAGACUCACCUACAGCCUCAUCUGACAGUGUCAGUCCUGAAAGAACAUCAGCUGAAACACCCUGUGGAGAACCAGCAAGGCAGGAUGUGUAUGAAGCACAAUAAACUGCUGGAGCUGUUCUGUAAGACCGACCAGACAUGUGUCUGCAUGCGCUGCACUAUUUCAGACCACAAACAACAUGAAGUUGUUCCUCUGAAAGAGGAAUAUGAAGAUAGAAAGGCAGAACUGGGUAAGACAGAGACUGAACUUCAGCAGAUGAUCCAACAGAGACAACUGAAGAUUGAAGAGUUCAAACAUUCUGUCAAGGUCAGCAGGGAAAAUGCAGGCAGGGAAAUAGCAGAAGGUGUUCAGGUGCUGACUAGGCUGAGACAUGCUAUUGAUAGAAAGCAGGCUGAAGCCAUUAAAGUGAUUCAGUCUAAGCACAAACUGAUAGAGAAACAAGCUAAAGGCUUCAUCAGAGAGCUGGAACAAGAAAUCUCUGAGCUGGAGAGGAAAGGUGCUGAGCUGGAGCAGCUCUCACACUCUGAAGACCACCUCCUCCUCCUGCAAAACCUCCAGGCCCUGAAUGCUGCUCCACCCACCAAGAACUGGACAGAGGUCAGAGUCCGUUCUCCAUCUCAUGAGGGUAUUUUCAGGGCAGUUUCUGCUCCAUUGGUGGAUAAGCUCAUAACUGAUUUGAAGAAACUGCUACCUAAGACUGAGCUCAGAACUGCCCAGCAGUCUGCAGUGGAUGUGACUCUUGAUCCUGAUACAGCACAUCCACAACUCAUCCUGUCUGCAGAUGGUAAACAGGUACAUCAUGCUGAUGUCAGGAAGAAUCUCCCAGAUAACCGAAAAAGGUUUUCUACUGGUCUGUGCGUGGUAGGGAAGCAGGUCAUUUCUGCAGGAAGAUUUUACUUUGAGGUUCAGGUUAAGGGGAAGACUCAGUGGUGUAUAGGAGUUGCCAGAGAGUCAAUCAAUAGGAAGGGGCCACUCAAUAUUGAUCCUCAGAAUGGUUACUGGACUCUUGGUUUGAGGAAAGAAAAUGAGUACUGGGCUGCUACAUGCCGUCUCUAUUCAAAGUCAGAUCCUGAGAAGGUGGGGGUGUUUGUGGAUUAUGAGGAGGGUCUGGUCUUGUUUUAUGAUGUGGAUGCUGCCAAACUUCUCUACGCCUUUACUGGCUGCUGCUUCACUGAGAGGCUCCUCCCAUUCUUCUGCCCCUGUUUUAAUCAGGGUGCCAGAAACUCCACCCCUCUGAUCAUCUGUCCUGUCAAUUUUACCACGUAAAAUAACAUCAAGAAAAAGACUCACGACUUGUUGGAUGUAACAAAUCUCCAUAUUUAGUGAUAGUGUACAGAGCACUUUUGUUUUGUUUAGAUUCUCUUUAAUGUUGAUUUUUGCUUCUUUAUUAUAUGGAACUCAACGCUGCAACUAACCACUGUAAAGCAAUCAUUUAAAUACUCUUCUAUAAUGUAGUUUAAUUAAGUUUUACACUGACUGUAAAUAUCAAAAUAGCAGUCCAAUAGUCACAGGCCUAACCUGAAGUUGUUUUGUAUAUUUUUAUGUGAUUUGAGUUU